CCCCUUUGUACGGUGGCCGAGUGAGGACGGAUCGGUCCUCCUCGGUUUCCGUUGCGUACUGGAUAUUAGAGGGAACAUCUGGACUUGUGCAGGGAGGAGGUGGACAUGAGUGACAUUCGCCACUCUCUGCUGCGCCGUGAUGCCCUCACUGCUGCAAAGGAGGUGCUGUACCAUCUGGACAUCUACUUCAGCAGUCAGUUGCAGACGGCACCAGUACCUCUGGUUGAGAAGGGACCCAUCGAGCUACUUGAAGAAUUUGUUUUCCAGGUUCCUAAAGAUCGGGGAUCUCAUCCAAAGCGCCUCAGUUCCAUGCAGGAGCUCCAGCUACUUGAGAUUCUCUGCAGCUAUUUCCAGGAACAGACGAAAGAGGCCGUCCGACAGGUCAUCUUCUCCUCUCUCUUCAGUCCGCAAGGCAACAAAGCUGAUGACCAACGCAUGGCUCUUUUGGGGAAGCUGACAUCUAUGGCUGUUGCAAUAUGCAGGGUACCGGUUUUGGAGUGCGCAGCUUCCUGGCUACAGCGGACACCAGCAGUAUACUGUGUGCGUUUGGCAAAAGCUCUGGUGGAUGAUUACUGCGGCCUGGUAACCGGCUCUAUUCAAACCCUGAAACAGAUCAUCAGCGUUAGUCCUCGCUUCUGCUGCCAGUUUAUCACUGCUGUCACUGUCCUAUAUGACAUGUCUACAGAAGAGCUGCUGCCUCCUCAUGAUCUCCUUGAGAUGAUUGUUUCAUGGGUAUUCGAUGAUCCACGACUUAUCCUUGUCACUUUCCUUAACACCCCAAUCACAGCCAACCUGCCCCUGGGCUUUCUUGACUUUUCCCCACUCAUGGGCCUGGUGCGUUGGUGCGUGACAUCGCCUUUAGCCUACAGACGCAAGCAGAAAGCAGCCGGAGGGGGGCACCAAGGGGAUAACCAAGGUCUUUACUCAAAGCUCCAUCUUAGUGUCUUGCAAGGUCUGAUGGUGCUUCAGACGCACCUGACAGAGAAAAGCUUGUAUGGGCGAUUGGCGCUGUUGUUGUUUGAACAAUUUGUUCCUCUUGUGGAGGAGCUCGGACAGCUCUGCGAGGAGCUUAACCCUCUCAAUGCUGAGCAAGAGAUGGAGCUGGCACUAGAUAGAUUAGCACAAGCACUGCAAGUCUCCAUGGCUACAGGGGCAUUGCUGUGCACUCGUGAUGACCUCCGGACCCUGUGUGCGAGGCUUCCCCACAACAACCUCAUGCAGCUGGUGAUAUCCGGUCCUGUGCAACCUCAGCCUGCCCACCCAUCUCUUCCCCCUGGCUACUAUCCCCACAUCCACACUCCACCACUCGCGUUCUCUUCAAUCCCAGCCUUACCUACUCAUCCGGCCUUGCCCACACAUCCGGCCUUGCCCACUCAUGCAGCCCUCCCUGGGCACCCAGUUCAGACAUUCAUGCCCGGAAUGGCCUUCCCUUUUCGGCCGAUGCGUUGAAUCACCAGCCCUAUCUACAGUGUUAGACUUUCAACCUUGCGCCUCUUGAGUAAGGAACGGUGCUAUCCAGGGAUGCUAAAGAGCACUGCAGCACAGAGCACAAUGCCGGAGAUCUCCACAGAAGAGAGGGUAUGAGAGCCCCUCUAAUGCCCAAAAGGACUGGUGCUGAAGGGCAUAAUGACUAGCUAACUGGUGGCCCCUUUCUUGCCAGAAACAGAAACCUACAUUGAUCUUAAAAUGAUUAAGUUGUCUUAAAUGGCAAAUGCGUUUUUAGAGGAGGAAUACUGUUAUUAAAUUAUUAUUUUGUAAUCCAAGAUGACCUCUCUAUAGGAGCAUGAUAGUGUAAUAAUACAAUCUAAUAUAUUUCAUUGCACAGUCACUCACAAAAUUGUGCUUGUGCUACACUCCCUAGAGAUGCCAAAAAGCAAAUUCUGUAAUGUGCAAAUGCUGCAAAUCAAAUAGCAGGUAUAGGCAAUUUGCAGCACUUAAAAAACUUGUUACAGAUUUUGCUUUUCGGCUUCUCUGGGAAGUGCGGGACAGAAGACAUUUUUUACACAAACUAAGUGGUGUUUAAUGUCCCUUAAACACAGGCAGUGUUCCCUCUUAAGGCCACAUUUUGUGAGUGGCCCUGCAGUGAAACCGUUAAUUAGGAAACCGCACCCUGCAGUUAGCAAACAAUGCAGACUCCCUUAUUAAAGUGACAGUAAAGUCAUAAUUAGACAUUUAUGAUUUAGACAGAACAUACAAUUUUAAACAACUUCCUAACUUCUAUUAUUUAAUUUGCUACCUUGUUAUCCUUUGCUGAAAGGUUUAUCUAGGUAAGCUCAGGAGCAGCAAAGAACCUAGGUUCUAGCUGCUGAUUGGUGGCUGCAUAUAUAUAUAUAUAUAUAUAUAUAUAUAUAUAUACUGAUGGUCAUUAGCUCACCCAUGUGUUCAGUUAGAAACCAGUAGUGCAUUGCUGCUCCUUCAACAAAUGAUACCAAGAGAAUGAAGCAAAUUUGAUAAUAGAAGUAAUCUGGAAAAUGUUACGUUCUACCUAAAUCAUGAAAAGGGUUUUAUGUCACUUUUUUAACUGCAGGGCCGCUCACAAAAUGUUGCCUUAGAGGGAACACUGAUUACAGACUAUGUCCUGCUCAGUACCAGUGCACACGGUGUGAGAACGUAUCUGUGUUUAGCCCUUUGUGGGUGUUAAACAGAUUUAUCUUAGAACAUCUGUGCAAUAAUACAUUUCCCAAACAAAUGACAGUGCUUAUGGGCAGACAUUUCCACUAGCGCUACUAAGAAUUUGCGGCAAAAGAGAGAAAUUAGACAUUUUCUUAUAUUUAACAUUGGAUAGACCGGUAACAUUUUCUGCUGAUUAGUGAGCUGUUCUAUUUUAUUUUAUUAUUACACUAGCACGCCCCUUUAAAAUAUUUUCCCUAUAGGCCCAAUGGCUGGCUGUACUCUGGGCAACCAUUCAUUUCAUAAGAGUAAGAAGCAUGCGCUUAAAUUUACAGGAGUAAUCCCUUAAAGGGAUAAUCUGGUAAUAGUAUCAAGAUUAGAUCAAGAGGUUUCUGUUGUGGUAUUCUGGCAGUAAAGGGGAUUAAAUAAAAAAAAUAUUUAUGAUAAAAUGAGGAAACCCUGUCAAGAACUGUGGUUAAUCACAUUAACAAAAAAAACCCAAACACUGAAUAUUUGUAUGAAUUUUUUUUUUAUAAAAAAAAAAUAAAACUUAGAAAGUUAUAAGCUAUUAUUUUUUAUAUUCUGGAGAACCUACAUAUUCAAUUCAUGACGUGGCAAAUAAAGCUUAUGAGACGA